UUGAUUGCUAGUAGUUACUAUGCUAAUUUUAACAUUGAGUUUGUAAACUUUUAGGAAAAACAGAAUAUUUUCUAGCUAUAAAUUAUGCCAUUUUUUACCGUUUAUUAACGAUUAAACGAUACUAAGCUGUCAGAAUCCAGGCUUCGUUCUGACCUUAAUAAAUUACCGCAGACGAAAAUAGACUUUAAAAAAACAAUUAAUCACGCUGAAAUUCUUUUUGAUAAGUAAUUAUUUCAUUCUAAAAUAGAAAAAAGGUUCAAUUCUGUGCCAACUGUAAGCUUAUCAGGUCAAUUUUUCUUGUUUCUUCGCUGACGGACAAAUGCCAAUAAACUACUGUCGUAUGUAGAAUCAGCAGAAUUUUUUCUGACGUUCUUCCAUUUGUCAACAUUUCGGAUUUACAAUAAUAAUAAAAAAUGGGAAGAAAAAAAACGAGUUUAAAAAAACGUAAACAAAAACACGUGUCAGAAACGAAAUCGAUUAAUAUUCCCAUCACGUGUUUCUGACAUCACUUCCGCAUUUCUAGUAGCUUUCUAUUUGAAUGGAAGAAAUUAAAAGACAGAAAUAAUUCCUACGUUAAAAUAUAACGAUUCGGUUUAAAUAAUUAAUUAUUUUAAUUUAUAUAACAUUUAUAUAAGUUACAUUUUAGGAGUUUCGUAACGCUUUAAAAACUUUCUUAAGUAACCAUUCAGACAAACAAUGACGUCAUCGGCGACGAAGCGAAACUUCGUCACAAGUUUAGUUUUAAGUUUAUUUUCGUUCUCUUUUGUCAGAAUUAAUUCCAAGUUUUAUACUUACCUCAAACGUUUUCUACGAGGAAAUAAAAGUAUUUGUAAAAUUUGGCAAAAGACGCGAAGAAAAAAAAAAAAAAAAAAAGAAAAUGUUGAAGUGGCAGACGACAUAUUGCACGAGACUGACGCAGACGAUUUUAUUGCACGAGACGAGUGCGUAUUACGUAACGUGCUAAAUCGACGCAGACGAUAUUACUGCGUAUUGGUUCGACGUAUUGCACGAGAUGAAUGCGGAUUAGCGCACGAAAUUUAAGAAACAGACGACAUUUUACAAGAAAUGAACGCAGAUUAGCGCACGAGACUAACGAAAGACGAGAUAUCGCACGGGAUUUAUAAACAGACGAGAUAUCGCACGGGAUUUAUAAACACGAGAUUUACAGACGAGAUAUUGCACGGGAUUUACGAACAGACGACAUUUUGCAUCAAACAAAUGCAAACGAUAUUACGCAGCAAACAGAAAAAACAGAGUAAAUUCACCCGCAAAAAAACGCGCAGACGUAAAUUAAGCGAAUUUAAACCCGAAAAUAAAUAAAUCUCCGAAUAAUUUGCGAGUUAUUAUUAGUUUAUGAAGCUGCGUAAAAGUUCAGAGACCGAAACAGGGGAUGAUAGAGCAGCUGGUUCCUCUCCACCAUCCAUUCUAUUUUUAGACCAAGAUGAGCAAGCAUUUCGAGUUAAGUCAGCUGCUUAAUAGCAUUUCUGGGGGACGUGGACUUGCUUCUCUUUCAUUCUACGUUUAUCUGCGCUUCGCUUAGUACAGAGUUCAAAAACAAGUCGAAAUAGUUCAUUUGUUUCUUGUCUGUUAAUCUCUGUAUCGUUUGUACUUCUUUGAAAACAGAUAUUUACAUUUAAUGCGGAGACAUGGCUCGUGUGAUACCAGAGAAGAUAAAUAGGGACAUACAAGAAUGUGUUACCGAGUUAAGAAAGGAUUUCUUCGAGAACAAGAUUCCAAUUAAUGAUGACAAUGCAAAUCUUCACAGAUUUUGCUUUAAACUGGAAUUUUUGUUGCAGAAUGACAUGAAAGAGCACACCAGUUUACUUGGUACGCGAAAAAAUUAUUGGGAUUACAUCUGCCGUUGUCUUACGACGAAACGAACAGACGUUCAUGAUGGAUUAAAAUUUGUUAAAUCAAUUUCUGAACUUAAAACAUCAUUAGGGCGAGGAAGAGCGUUCAUCAGGUUUUGUUUAAUGCAGCAGUGUCUUGCUGACUCGUUGCAAUGCUGUAUAAUGAAUACCAAAGUAACAAGUAAUUGGUAUCAUGAAUCAUCUUUUCUAAUGAAUGAAGCUCAGACCUCUUUCCUCAUUUCCACAUUAUAUGAAUUAAAUGACAUACAGUUUGAUCUUUCGCCAAGAGGACACGAUCUCGACGUGUCUUGGCCGACGUUUGCUAGAAAGCUAUUUAGUACAACUUAUUCUUGGCAACCACCUAGCAGAAGCGUGAGCGUCUCUAGUUUGGUCAGCUGUACGUCACAAAAUGAACCCACUUUAACACAGCAAUUUACAAAUGAGAUUCAAAAUAUUAAUGAAGUGAAAGAUUUGAAAGCUGAGCUCAUCCAUUUAGAGAAAAAUAUGGAAGAAUUACGGCAACAGUUAAAAUGUGCAGAAAAAAGAGAAGAAGAAUCAAGGUUACUUGCAAGUAAAAAAGAGAAAGAAUUAAUAGAACUUUCAUCUAGUCUAGAAGAAGAAAGAAAAUUGCACAAAAUUAAUGUAAAUAAUUUAGAAGAAGAAAUGGUGAAGUUAAAAGAAAAUUGGCAGAUUGAAAAGAAUGAUUUAGUUGAAAAACUUAAUAAUUCUGUCAGGACAUCUGUAGAAAACUGUGAGAAACUGCAACAUAUGGUUUCAGACUAUAAUAUUGAAGAAGAAAAUCAUCUAAGGAAUUGUGAAAAAUUGAAAGAGAAAAUAUUGUACCUAGAAGAGGAAAAUUCUACUCUGCUGUCUCAGUCAUUUCAUUUAGAAGUGGAAUUACAAAAAAACAAAGAAAUGAUACAACAACUUGAAACAAGUACAAAAGAUUUUGAACAAAUUAUAUCGGAGUUAGAAAAUGAGAACAAAAUGUUUAAAACUAGAAUCAAAGAACAAGAUACAAUAAUUGAAUCUCAGCAGGAUAUAACACAAAGCAAACCAUUUAAAGACUUGGCAAAACAAUUACAUUUGCGUGAGUUAGAUCUUUUGACGGCCAGAAAGGAAGCAAGUAAUCUUCAGAGAACUUUGGAGAAAGCUGAUGAAGCUAAUGAAGUUGCAAAAACAUUAGCAAAUACUUUAGAUUCAGAGAAUCGUAACUUACGAGAAGAAAUAAGCAUUUUAGUUGCCAGAACGGAUGAUUUUGAGAAAAUUAACAAUGACUUAAAAGAUGAAAUAACUGCAAUUAAACUUGAGUUGCAGAAUGUUCUUGAAAGUAAAAAAAAAUUAGAAGAAGAACUAGAAACUGUAAUGAAACUUCCAGAAGAGCUGCUUUCUAUAAUAGGAAAAAUUGCAAAUUCUCCCGAAUUGAGUUUAAAAGAUGUAACCAACUUGUAUAGAUUUGAAAAUAUCGAUUGUAGUUUGAAAGAAAAAAUAUAUUCUACAUUACAAUUGUUAGAAAGAUUUAAUGUAAAUUGUGUUCAAAAUAUAUCUGUGCCAAGUUCAAAUGAAGCAUUAAACUUUGACAAAGAAGUGAUGAAUUUAUGUAAAAAACAAUCUGUGAAAAUUGAAGAACUGCAUAAAGAAUUUGAUGCUUGUAUACAAGAAAUAUUAAAAUUAAAUUGUCAGAUGUGCAUAGUUAAAGAUACAUUACACUUAUGUGAAGAUAGAAUUAAUUAUGAAUGCCUUCAGACUGAAUAUGAUUAUAUAAAAGAAACUGAAGAGAAUGAGUGCAAAUCUAGUGAAAAUAGUGAUAAUUCCACAAAUAUUCCAUUAAAUGAAAUGAAUAAUAAUACAAAUAAAUUAAAUAAAUUAACAGAAAAAACACAGAAAUUAUUCCAUGAUCUAGAAGCCUUCAGAGAAUUGAAUCAUAAAUUAAUUUUGAAAGUUCAGGAACAAGAAAGGAAAUUGUCAGGAAUUACACAAGAACUUGAAACAUCACACAAAGUGAUAACUGCAUUAAAAUGUCAGCAUAGCGAAUUGCAAACAACCGAAGCUAUUACACGUUAUGAACUUAAAGAAAAACGAAAGCUUUUAAAUAAAUUACGCUCGCAAUUAGAAUCUACAAAAGAAGAAUGUAAUCGCAUGAGGAAAAGUUACUCAGAUUCGGAAGCGGAAUGGCAAAGUUUGAGAGAUGAAUUUGCUAAAAGACAUAAACAAGCUAGUGAAGAGAGUGGUUUUGUAGAUGAUAGUAAAACUUUAGUAGAUAACGAAAGUGAUAAUCAAGAUCUUAUUGCUACUAAUUCUGAUGUAGCAUCCAGUCCCAUUGACAUCAAUACUGCCGAAAUGACAGAAUGUUUUGAAAAUUUAAGGCCAUCUUGCGAAGGUGCAGAAGCCGAUAUUAAUGAAUUAAUAAAAGAAGAAGUUAUGUGUAAUCCAAAAUCUAGAUUAGAAAGAUUAGAAGAAGAAUUUAAAAAAGUUCGAAAUAAUAUAAUGAGAAAUGUUUCUAGAAGUGCACAUCUUGAACAAAGAGUUCAAUCGUUGAGGGUUAAAAAAAGUGACAAUAUAACCGAUGGACAUUUAGGUGAAAAUUCUGCUGUUUUAUUACAACAGAGUUCUCACAAUUCACUCGAUAAUCACGAACAGAAAACUGUUGACGAUCCCGAUACCUCUUUACAAAUUUUGGGAACAUCACCAAUUUCAGAUGGCAUACAUGAUACUUCUGAAGAAAUUGUCGUGGACAUAUCAAAUCAUUCAUCUGAAAUGUCUGAAGAUAUCGAACCAAGUUCAAUGAACGUUUACGAUCCUUCGAGUGGGAGUUUGUGUGAUUUAUCCGAUUUGGACGAUGAAAAUUUUACAAAUCAAGAAGUUAGACCCAUUGUUCCCAGUUUAAGGAGGCAAAUGCUUCAUAGUGUUGUAAAUCGAUUAAGAAACGAAAAACUUCGUCAGGAAUGUACGGAAACAGAAUUAAGACUACAAAUAGAAUCUUUGAAAGAUUCAAAUUAUAAUUUAAGAAGGGAAGUAGAAAAGCUGGAGCAAGAAAAAACUGAUUUAAUUGCAAAAGAAAUAGAUUUCAGAAUUGUCGUGGACGUAUCAAAUCAUUCAUCUGAAAUAUCUGAAGAUAUCGAACCAAGUUCAAUGAACGUUUACGAUCCUUCGAGUGGGAGUUUGUGUGAUUUAUCCGAUUUGGACGAUGAAAAUUUCACAAAUCAAGAAGUUAGACCCAUUGUUCCCAGUUUAAGGAGGCAAAUGCUUCAUAGUGUUGUAAAUCGAUUAAGAAACGAAAAACUUCGUCAGGAAUGUACGGAAACAGAAUUAAGACUACAGAUAGAAUCUUUGAAAGAUUCAAAUUAUAAUUUAAGAAGGGAAGUAGAAAAGCUGGAGCAAGAAAAAACUGAUUUAAUUGCAAAAGAAAUAGAUUUCAGGAAACGUUCAGAAUACAUAUUUCGCAAAGAACGAGAGAAUUUUCAUGACAUUAAUGUGGAGAAAUGUACUCUGGAAAGAAAAAUUUCAGAGCUAACAGAGAGUUUACAGAGUGCUGUUGAUAGAAUUAAAGAUUUAGAAAAGGAAAAUCGAGAAGCCAAAGAAGAAUUGAAUAAAAUUCAAAAAUUAAAAGACGAAGAAGUUUCGGCUCUUCGGUUUCAACUCAGUACCGAAUCUUUAAAGCACGAAAGAGCUUUCAAGCAUUACACUGAUCAAGAAAACGAGAUUGCCAACAUGAAAAACAAAAUUUGCGACCAGGAAGAUUUAAUUUUAUUUUUUGAAGAUGCGUUAAAUCAAAUUAAAGAAGAAAGAGAAAUUGAAAAAAAGCACCAUAGGCAUGAGGUAUGGACUUUAAUGGAACUCGACAAAGAAAAAAAUGUUUGUAGUGCAUAUAAAACAGAGUUAAUAGAUUUAAAAUCUCAAAAAGAUCAAAAUGCAACUGAAUUAACACAGCUAAGAAGUGAUAAUAUGGAGUUGAAGAAAAAAGUAAUCAAACUUAUAAAAGAGAAAGACAUGUUGUGGAAACAUUCAGAUAAGCUCGCUCACCAACAGAAAAUUCAAGUCACCGACCGAUGGAUGGAAGAUGCCGAAACGAAUACUUGUCUCGGUUGCAAAGUGACGUUUUCCUUGAUAGUUCGAAAACACCACUGUCGUUUGUGUGGACGUAUCUUUUGCCAUAAUUGUGCAAACAACUGGCUGUUAACGGCAUCCAGCAGACGUGAGACCCGAGUGUGCGGCGAAUGUUACAUCAAGUAUUCAGAAUUACAGACGGAGUGCAGGAGUACGAUACCGAGUGUGACGGAAGAUAGUGAAGACGAGGAGUCCGAAGCGUGUGCUACUCAAAGGCCUUCUGUCAUCGGUAGAAUGAUAUCUAGUGGUGGUAAUUUUGAUUCUGAAAAUACUUCGGUCUUAAGCGACAGCAUAAGCGUCUCUUCGCUUUCCGCUUCUGCUCCAAAAAAUUCUACGGUGUCGAUUUCGAGCACUUUACCAAUGUAUGGCAGCGUGCCGAAUCUUCCGUCUCUCUGCGCCAACAAGUGGUCCAGCCACGACAACCAGUUGGACCAGGAGAAAAAACAAUGUCCUCCGGAAGAAUUUGACAUCAUCAGUGACGAAGAAAUAGCCAAUUCGCUCUCUCUCUUCAAUCCUUACGUUCAGACGACGUCGCCAGGAAGGAAAGCGGAUUCGAGAUUGCACACGACCAUCACUCGUAAUGCGACCGACAUCAAACUGGCUGGACCGAAUGGAAUAAAGGGAGAAUUGUGGGUGAACGCCGGCACGCAAUACGGAGUUCCCAUCGUUUCUGAUCUCGCCGGCCACACAUUGCUUUGGGAAUUUUCUACAGAACCUAAAACAAUAGGAUUUUCCGUGGUGUACAAUAAAUCGAAGAGCGACAUCUACAACAAACUAGAAAUGCAACCACUACUACGCAUGGUUCACGUCGACACCCAGCGACAUCCGUUCGAAGGAUACGUGACCAUGGAGGAACCCGGAGUCUACCUGCUGAUAUUUGACAACAGGUUUUCUAGAGUGACAGCCAAAAAGGUGAAAUACUUCUUAAUGGUGAGGGGCGACGAAAGUCGAGGCACCGAUCGCAGAGCGAAGACGCUUCCUUAACUUUUAUAUACCGAAUUUGAUAAAUGUCCGAGAUCUGAUAUUCAAACCAGACUUUUUUAUUAUUCAAAUAUCAUCUGUAGAUAAUUCAUUAUUGCUGUCAAAUAGAAUUUCUUUAAUAAAGGAAAGUUGUUUAUUG